AUGCUGCGGGUUUCCAGCAUCGACUCUUCCAAUAUGCUCCUCAUUUUCUCCUAUUCUAGUUCGUGGGAGACUACUAUUCCAUCAUCGUCUGAAUUAGCCACAAAUGGAAUGUUGACGGCAGCGUCCACAUAUGCAGUUUGCUGCGCAUCUAGUGGCGCCGCAUUCCCAGCCGUAGCAUUUCCAUUCGAUGAAGGAAUAGCCUCACGUCGUAGUCGCUUCGAGUUCGGCGUCACCAAAUAUGUUGGAGCGCAGAAUGUACCUAACUCGGUCUGCCAGGUUUUGCUCAGUGACGGAUAG